AUGGAGCCAGACGAUGUAUUCGACAGCGUGACAUGGGAGACUCCUUCAGCAUCCAAUGGCUAUACUGCUGAUUACAACAACGAACGUGAUGGCAUCGCUGGUGGCCCGGGAGGGCGGCCAGGGUUCAUGACCCACACGCAAGACGACGGCUCAGCGCCUCAUGAACCGAAAUGGGAAGGUUACUUGAUUGCAACAGUCAAGGAUCCGUACAAGGAGCUCGAUGGCACAAAGGACGUGUACGUGUCCUAUUUGGUAGCGGCAAAGACAAAUCUUCCCAUAUUCUCAAGCCCAGAGCCUUCUGCCCGUCGACGCUUCCAGGACUUUGUGUUCCUGCGCGAGAAUCUUGCAAAGGACUUUCCAGCCUGUGUGGUCCCUCCAUUACCGGACAAGCAUCGACUAGAGUAUCUCACAGGCGACCGGUUUAGUCCCGAGUUCAUAGAACGACGGCGACAAGAUCUCAGCCGCUUCAUGCAAAGGGUUUCGAACCACCCGACGCUGCAGCGAGCUACACUUCUGCGAGACUUUAUUGAAUCGACAGAAUGGAAUGUGAAAAUGCACCAGCACUUGGCUCAUCCUCCUGGUCCAGAAGCCGCCCCCUCGCUCUUGGACAACAUCUCCGACACAAUCGUGAACGCGUUUUCACGAGUCCGCAAACCGGAUUCACGGUUCUUGGAGAUGCGUGAUGCCGUGGACAAGUUUGAGGAGAGCCUGACUGGGAUUGAGCGAACAUGGAGCCGCGCAAGGACACGUACAAGCGACCUGUCAUCUGACUACCAUGACCUCGCCGUUUCCGUUCAAGGCCUAGGAUUCCUAGAAUCAGGAAUCACAGACCCGCUCAACCACUUUUCGAGCACGCUGAUAGAGUUCUCUGCUCUGCUUCGACAAACCGUACGCCCGCCUUCACCUGCUACUCGCGCUGUUCGUCCGUCGAGUCUUACAUUUUCCUCUUUUCUCCCCUCGCUCCUCCGCAAAUCAUCCGUCUCACCGACAUCAAAACCUUAUCCACAACCAAACACAAACUCACAGACGCAAUCGUCAAGCGAACCCUUUUUGGCCCACGUGCAGUCGCUCAUUGCGUAUGCGCAGGCACAGAAGGCCGUUCUCAAACUUCGUGAUCAGAAACAACUCGAUUUCGAAGAAUUGACAAACUAUUUGACGGGUGUCACUGCGGAGCGUGAUCGGCUGUCGGCCAUAGUCCAAGGGCAUGUCUCCAGCUCGGGAUUCGGAUUGGGUGCAUACUUGCGCGACAAAGUGGAAGCACUUCGUGGUGCGGAUGAUGAUCGAACACGAGUGGAAAAGAUGCGCAAGCUGGACGCACAUAUCAAGGAGCUUCAAGAGGCCGUUUCGACAGCACACGAAACGUCCGACGCGUUCAAUGACGAGGUCAUUAAAGAGAGUGUCAUCUUCCAAUAUGCCAAGGAGUCGGAAAUGAGAGAAUUGCUUUUGGCACUCAUUGAAGGACAAAUUGAAAUGUACAGACAGUCGGCCGAGGAGUGGGACCGAAUCGUGCCAAUCUUACAGCGUAUCAGAGUCGAUGUCUGA